AUGGCAGAGGCUAAGGUGUCCUCAGACCUGGAAGAUUUAUGCCUUCAUGUCAACACAAAGAUUUCAACUAUUAAGAACUCUCUUCAACUAAGAAACAUAGGUCAAGAACCAUCCGUCAAGUCUGUGCUCCCUGAAAUAGGACAGGAGAUGUCUAUCUUGCAUGAUCUCAUGAAUAAAAUGGAAGCCGAAGUUCAACGGCAAGAACAACUGAAUAAUUUGCUGAAAGAGCUCCGGAAGUCUGUUGAGAGAUAUCGAAGCGAAGCACAGCAUCUCUAUGAGAACAUUCCUCCUUCUCUGCCUGAACCAACUCAGAGCUGCACCAAGGAGCUACCUGUGAAAAGUGAAGAACAAACAAAAGCUGUAGAACCCAAACGUCCAAAGAAACCUCCGAAAGAGCCCAAACCUGUUAAAGAAGCACUCUUACUGACUGCAGAAGAAUUCAAAAGCGUUCCUGCGUAUAUGAAGUGUCGUUUAACGUGUGAUCAGAUUAACGCAGUUCUUCAAGAUAUGAACAAGGCCGUGGUGAGCAAGUACAAGAUCCUGCGUCAGCCUUUGAAAUCUCUGAGUACAGUAGACAGAAAUCUCUACCACAGGUUCCUGAAAGAUGAAACUAAGGAUACAAAAGGUGAAUAUUUUGUUGUGGACGCUGACAUCGAAGAGUUCACCCAGCUGAAAGUGGAUAAGCGCUUCCAUAGAGUCCUCAAUAUCCUGCGCCACUGCCAGAGAGUGAGGGAAGUCCGUGGCUCAAGACUUGUCCGCUAUGUCAUCUGCUAA